AUGGAGGGUAAGAAAGGCAUAGAGAACAUUACUGACAGAAAGCUUGUUUGCGAAAUGAAAGACGUGCUGAAUAAUUUGAUUUCUCAGCUGUCAGCUGCCGGUCUUACAGUCCACGUGCUUCAAAAUCGCGCUGUUGUCACUGAACGAAACGAACUGAGAGCGUUCAACGUUUUUGAUGGAGAAACAGCCUUGCAGUUUGUGAAUCAACCAGAGCAUGCCGACAAGAUUAUUUCUUUCAAUUCUGAACGAUUUUACUGUCAUACAGAGUACUUGGUUCUUAGAAGUCAGUAUUUUCGGGCUCUAUUUUUUGGGGUCUACCGCGAAUCAAGCAUGGACUUUAUCUCCGUUCACCUUCCGGCGCCUGGAAAUAUGGAGCCUAUUUUGCGCUUUAUGUACUCGGGUAUUGCAGAAGACGCGCUAUUCGAAGCUCACGAAAUGUUCAGCACGAUUCAAAAUGCAAAUUUCUUGGGUGUCGAGGAACUGUUGAUUAAGGCAGCCGAGAACUUCGCCUCGAGGUGGAAAUUUUACGCCGUUUCUCCUCUGUUUAGGAGAAGCAUCGUUGAUUCUGAAUUUUUAUCAUCGAUUUUAGAGUUGGGAACAAAAAACAGCGUUUUCAGCAUGGGAGAUAUGCUAAGAAUUGUAGUUUGGUGGAAUGAAGAGGAAGAAAGCCCAGAAUGUAACUUUUCCGAGUCAAUCCGUCUUCUUAUGGAGCACAAAUGCUUAGAGAAAUCGGGCUUGAUGGAUUUGGAAUGGGCGCUGGGCAAGAAACCUCCGCUGUUUUGCUUUAUUGAACAGUCCGCGUUCCGCCCAGUGUAUCAACACGCGAUCCAGAAUUCCGCGCGCGCACUCGAGAAAAUGCGUGUGCACGAGGACAAAAUCAAGAGUCUUUCUCAAUGCGUGCGGACAUUGACGAGACAACUCGAGGAAGUCCGCUGUAACAGAUGCCAAAUGUUCCUUCCUCGGGCAGCCAUGAAGACCAGAACCUGUAUUGUGACGCGACAUCAGGGAGAGUACGUGGUGAACAAGGGAUGGAGUUGUUGCAGGCAGCUGAUUAAGAGAAGCAAAGGAUGUAAACCUGUCAGUUUGUCCAGGCACUGCAUGUCUUUGAAUGCAAGGGCAAGAUGA